ACCGCGUGCCCAAACGAGUAUAGCCGGCCAGCCAGCAGUACGCCGCGCGCCGCCACCCGGGUCGCCUGUGUCGCUUCGGUACAUGUGCAUUACAAAAACUUGCUUUAUCGCAAGUUUAAACAUACAAGUGCAUAAAACUCAUCAAUAUCCCAUGUUUUUAUGAACAAUGGUGAAUCAAGCCGUAUAACGGGACGAUUGCGUGCACCCUGGCCACGCAAAUGCGGUUUUUGUAUAUUAGUGGGUGGAAAAAUAAACAUAACACUCCGGGGCAGAGGCGGCGCCAGCGCGGCGCCCGGCUCCACUCGCGUGCUGAUGACACAAUAAAUUGUGAUGCUGACACGAACAGAAGCUUAUAGGAACCUACGUCCUAGAGGACGACGAAGGACGUUCUAGUUUAAAUCUUUUAGUUUACAAUAAUUAUAAAAAUGCAAGUGCCUAAUUUUUUAAUCAUGUUGGGUAACCGCCGUAACUUAAUAUUUAGAGUGAGCAUUGUGUUUAACAUCGCCGUAUUGUUGUACGCGGCGAUGCACUACUCCGGCAACAGCGCCCCGGGGGUCGACUGGGUGCCGAUCACCAGUGAGGGUUUGGAAAGGACUGCCGAGCUUAGGUAUCUCAAAGAAGAUGUGCGAAAUGAAACCAUGGUAAGGUUUGCGGAAUUCGGUCCGCGAGUUGCGGAAUCCACGUCCCAGAAGGUAGUGCCCUCAACAAUGUCCACAGUUAAGAAGACUGUCUCGAGCACUGCGUCAGACGUAGAUAAGAAAAUCAGUGCUGCACCAUCUGAAGUGAACAUAGUCAAUGAAACUCUUGACGUCUACGACGAAAGUGUGCUGUCUGAAACAACCUUGACGUUACUCCGACAACUGCUCGGGUGCAACGACAAAGACUUUCUUCCUGAGACCCUGCAACGCGGAGAAUUCUGGGUGCUGAAAAAUUACGUACGCGCUAACCACGGCGCGAUAGCGUGUCACGAGAGCAUCACCUACACUACGCACGGUGGUUUCGAGUUCCUCGACAACCUGCUUCCUCUGGUAGAACGAUGGAUGGCACCAGUGAGCUUGGCGAUCCACGCGCCCGGCUCCGACAUGAUGCCCACCGUGAACAGCAUCAGGUAUCUUCGCGACUGCGUCGGCAAUGACCUCAUCCUGCAAUACGUCACCUUCCAUAUCUUCUUCUCCAACAAGCAUAUACCAUCCACCAUUCCAGUACCAGAAGAUUUUUUGAAGACAUCUUACAACUGCAGUGAACCACCACCGUACAUCGUCAACUCGUCUACAACUUACAAACAACAGAAGAAUCUUCUUUACCCAAUAAACGUGGGCAGAAACAUUGCGAGGGGUUCUGCACUCACACACUUCGUACUGCCGUCAGACAUAGAACUAUAUCCAAGUCCAGAUUUGGUACCAAAGUUCCUGAACAUGAUUGCUAGAAACGAGGCACCACUGAGCACUUCCAGUAAACCUAGAGUCUUCCCAAUAAGCAUCUUUGAAAUUGCUAAGAACCAAAAUGCACCAACGACCAAGUCGGAACUACAAGUAAUGUUGCGUAACAAGACUGCAAUCCCCUUCCACAAAUACGUGUGUCCCACGUGCCACAACAUUCCGCACGGCAAGGAGUGGAUGACGACUCUGGAAGGCAACCAGAUGGAAGUGUUCCACGUUGGCAAGAGGCAGGGAAAGUUCGUGCACUGGGAGCCAAUUUUCAUCGGAACCAAUCAAGAUCCGUUUUAUGAUGAGAGAUUGAGUUGGGAAGGAAAGCAAGAUAAGAUGACACAGGGCUACGUUCUCUGUGUCAAAGACUACGAGUUCAUGAUCCUCAACAACGCUUUCUUGGUCCACAAGCCAGGCAUCAAAUAUUACACGAAAAACGUCAAGAGGGACAAGAUCGGUUCGCGACAAUCUGCCUACGUCAGAAAUGUCAUCCAUCCUGAACUAAAGAAACUGUACGGAGUAAAAUCAGGUUGCGUGCUGUGACACCAAUCACGAAUCAAGAUAUUGAAAGUGAUCAAUCGUAGUACACCUUAGAGGUACAAAAUAGAUUCCAAGGCUAUUCCAAACGCUAGGCAAACUAAUAGAAGCUUACAGGGUUCAAUUUUCCGCCUGAUUUUGGAAAAUGUUUAAAUGGAAUUGUCUCCUAAUGAAACAUAUCAAUACGAACAAAAAUAUAAAUGCAAAGUAACUUUGGUUAAGAUUUAUACGCACACUUAUUUAUAAAUAAUGUGAAUAUGUAUAACGAAGCUAGAAAUGUACUGACUACUGUCCCAGGCGUCCUGAUUUACAAUGCAUAGGAUGCAUUUAAAAAGUCACGCUUCGAGGCCUUAAUCGUUUAACAUUAGGAACUGAUGUCCUUAUGUUAGAAACAUUAUACACGUCCGUUAUGUCUAAGUCAAUGUAUGAUGUAUAUUUAAAAUUUCUUAAAUUUUCUGUGAGGAUAUAUGUCACUAUUAUUUGAAAUACCAAAUAGGUAACAUAAAGUUGUGACUAACAUCGAAAGAGGAUCUACUUACAGAUACGUGCAAAAAUAUGGAUACCUGAAAGCUUUUGAAUGAAACUUCAGUAUGUAAAAUGCAAGUUACACCCAGUAGCUUUGCAAAGUGGUGUAACAGGCCCUAAGUAAAUUAAAUAAGUAAUAGAUUCAUCAAUUACUGUAGGUGACAUAUUUUUGCACGUGAAUAUUUGAAACAAAUGCAACCCAGUCUUAGAGUUCGCUACAGACAAGGCUAAAAAUAGUUAUAUUAAAGAACAUGUUUCGUUUAAAAUGUAAAUAUUUUGCUUAUGAGUUAACAUUUGGUGCGUUGGCUCUAAUUUUUAAGUGGUUAGCACACUGUGGCGUUAGACGAUAUUCUUACUACGUUUUGUUUGUCUACUGCUUAUAUUUGUAGCUUCGUCAAUGGUGUGCUGCAUGCCUUAAUAUGUAUGUAACAGAGUACUUGACUCGUGAUAUUUAAGUGCUUUUUUACAGGCAGUCGCUAUCGUAUCUAAAUGAUCGUAACAGAUUAUUCAGCUGCUAUUGACGAAAUAUACGACAUUUCAAUAAACAAACCUGAAUUUUCCAGUUAUCCAAAUAAGUAAAACAAACGAAUAUGAUAGCGUAAUUAAAAAGAAAGAGCUUCAAAUGUGUGAUUCCAAUUUGAACACUAUGUCCUAAUGACUUAAGUUUAAAUUUGUAUAUAAACUGUAUCUCAUUAUACAUACUCGUAUAUUGUAAUGCACGUGUACGUCUUGUAAUGUUUGUAUUUAUUUCUACUCAUUCUGAAAUGCAUUUUUAGUCUGUAUUUGAGUAGGUGUAUUCGCUAGCGGUAAAGUAUUUGUAGAAUUUUAUGAUAAUUAUAUUAUCGUCUAUGUACAUAAUCGGUUAAGUUAUAUAGUUAGAGUUUCUUUAGUUAAAUUUAUUUGUGAUUUUAUUUUUAGUUAAUCAUAAAAUCACAAACAAAUUGACAUGCAACUUAAGUUGCACUAUUCUCGCUAGUAAAAACAUUUGAUUGCGCUUUCACAUAGCGGAUUUUCCAUACGGAAAAACGUUGUUAGGCGUAAUAGAUAUAAAAACAUAAUUUUAUUUUUAUAAGCAAUUUAUUUUACAACGUAAAUUCAGACAACGCAUCGUUAAUUUAAAAGCAACAGUGCAUUGUUUAAAAUAAACUUUUCAAAAAGUGAAGAAAGCUAAAUUGACCCGUGUGUAUACAUGAUAUACAUUUAAGCCGUGUCUAUAAGAUGAUAUUACCUACUUCAGCGGUUCCUAUAUUUAUUGACUAAUAUUACCAGUUUGGACCCAGAAGAACACCAUUUUUUUUAUUCCUACUUGCAUCUAUGGUUUAGUUUUUUUUUUAUUCUAGCUUGACAAUAGGCCCAUUUUUUUGUAUCAUUCGAACCUGUUCGAUUUCACCCAUUGUAUUUAAAACCCAUACUUUAGGGGUUAAACCCAUAUCUUGGUUGGAAAAUUUAUAAAAAACUAGAUACUGGCUGCUUUUUGGAGCUUCCUUAUUAAAAAAAAACCAGUAACUCGGAAACGGACCAAAAACCACAACCCAUUUGAGUAUUGAAUCGACCAGGCAUUAUGUAUAUUAUGAAAUGAAUUUAAAAAAGUCAAUUUAAAUACAGCCUGCUUAGUAUAUAAUAUGCCUAAUAUUAUAUGAAACUCCGAUGAGUAUCGGCCUUAUUAUGGUAACUUUAGUAUUUAGUAGCUAUUGUAAUUUAAAAAUUAUAUAAAAAGUCCUAAGCUCACCACGUUCGAUAUUUAUUUUUAGGAUUAUUAAUAAGUUUAAUUGUUACUUAGAAUUCCUUAGUUUUAUUAUUGAAAGAAUUUUCGCAAGCUAUUAUUCCAAGGUAUUAGCAAAGUUGGUUACGUUUGUGAAUAUGAAAACUGGUUGAAACGGACACUUAUUUUUUUGUUACAACCAGUUUCCAUAUUUCUAGUAAAAUCUAGUUUUAAGACUGGAAAAAGUGGAACAAGAAAACUAUAUAUAGAGAGAGUAGGAUAAGUCUAUAGAAGUAAAGAAACGAAUUGGUAUCCUCUCCAUGCCUGCCUGACGAUAUUUUCCUAAGUAGCUGGACUAGGUACCUACGAUGUGGCAUUACAGCCUUUAAGCGUGUCCUUUAAAAGAUAAAGUAUUUUAUUAUAGUAUUAAUUUAUUUCUGAACAUCGCAAAGUUUAUUUUUAUACAGCUGCUAGAUUUUAUUAGUUUUAAAUUUAUCUUUUAGAUUGUAAUGGGUCCCGGUUAUGGUAAACGCAUGUGGUGAGCUUUCGAUAAGGCUAAGUGCCUCUAGUUUGUAAGCCCAACAUAUAGUCUUUUAAAUGUGAUCAUUUAUAAAAUAUUUAUCAAUGUAUAAUCUAAAUACUACGUUUUGUAAUGUUUUCGUAAGAAUCUACAUUAAUGUAAUCGGACCGAAAAUCGAUGUAAUACAAUAAAAAUUCUUACAUUUCA